CUGGCUGCUGCGCAGACUCAGUGGCGCUGGGCUGUUGGUAUCGGGGCCCGGAUCACUGGCCUGCUCUUCUCUCAGGGAAAGUUUAUUUUCCAGGACUGGAGCGCCGUACCGGAGGAGAGCUGCCCCGCAGAGCCCGCAUUACAUAACCCCGGUACCGGGGGAAAGACAGGCGGCCGGGCCCUCGGUCCCUGAACCCCUCCCGGGGAAUGAGCGGCUCCCGCAAUAACCGGGUCAUGGUGGAAGGAGUGGGGGCCAGGGUAGCCCGGGGCCCGGACUGGAAGUGGGGGAAGCAGGAUGGCGGAGAGGGACAUGUGGGCACCGUGCGCAGCUUCGAGAGCCCGGAGGAGGUGGUGGUGGUCUGGGACAAUGGGACCGCCGCCAACUAUCGCUGCUCCGGGGCCUACGACCUCCGGAUACUGGACAGUGCGCCCACCGGUGUCAAACAUGAUGGGACAAUGUGUGAUACAUGUAGACAGCAACCAAUCAUUGGAAUCCGUUGGAAGUGCGCCGAGUGCACAAACUAUGAUCUAUGCACUUUGUGUUAUCAUGGAGACAAGCAUCAUCUGAGGCAUCGAUUUUAUCGAAUCACUACACCAGGAAGUGAACGUGUGCUUUUGGAAUCCCGGCGCAAGUCAAAAAAAAUAACAGCACGGGGAAUUUUUGCUGGUGGUAGAGUUGUACGUGGAGUGGACUGGCAGUGGGAAGACCAAGAUGGCGGAAAUGGGAGGCGAGGCAAGGUGACGGAGAUACAGGACUGGAGUGCAUCAAGUCCACACAGUGCUGCUUAUGUUCUCUGGGACAAUGGUGCUAAAAACCUCUACAGAGUUGGCUUUGAAGGCAUGUCGGAUCUGAAAUGUGUGCAAGAUGCCAAAGGAGGAUCGUUUUACAGAGACCAUUGUCCUGUACUGGGUGAGCAAAAUGGUAAUCGCAAUCCAGGUGGUCUGAUCAUUGGUGAUCUUGUGAAUAUUGAUCUAGAACUUGAAAUUGUUCAGUCAUUGCAACAUGGUCAUGGAGGCUGGACUGAUGGCAUGUUUGAAACACUUACAACUACGGGCACAGUCUGUGGCAUUGAUGAAGAUCAUGAUAUUGUAGUACAGUACCCAAGCGGAAAUAGGUGGACAUUUAAUCCAGCUGUUCUCACCAAAGCAAAUGUUGUUCGAAGUGGUGAUUCUGCACAAGGAGCAGAGGGAGGAUCCUCGCAGUUUCAAGUAGGGGAUCUAGUACAAAUUUGCUACGAUCUAGAGAGAAUAAAGCUGCUUCAGAGAGGUCAUGGAGAAUGGGCCGAAGCCAUGCUUCCUACCCUUGGAAAAGUUGGAAGAGUUCAGCAAAUCUAUUCAGACAGUGACCUAAAGGUGGAGGUUUGUGGAACCUCCUGGACAUACAACCCAAUUGCUGUUUCUAAAGUGGCCUCUGUGGGAUCAGCAAUAAAUAGUGCCACAGGCGAGAGGUUAUCCCAACUUUUAAAAAAAUUGUUUGAAACACAAGAAUCUGGCGAUCUUAAUGAAGAGCUUGUGAAAGCUGCUGCAAAUGGAGAUGUCGCCAAAGUGGAGGACUUACUGAAGAGGCCCGAUGUCGAUGUAAAUGGUCAGUGUGCUGGACACACAGCCUUACAAGCUGCAAGCCAGAAUGGACACGUUGACAUAUUGAAGUUGCUUCUCAAGCAUAAUGUAGAUGUGGAAGCUGAGGAUAAAGAUGGAGACCGUGCUGUUCAUCAUGCUGCAUUUGGAGAUGAAGGUUCUGUGAUUGAAGUGCUGCACAGAGGUGGUUCAGACCUAAAUGCUCGUAACAAGCGCAGACAGACCCCACUACACAUUGCUGUUAAUAAAGGCCACUUGCAAGUUGUUAAAACUUUACUGGACUUCGGCUGUCAUCCUAGUCUUCAGGACUCUGAAGGUGAUACUCCCCUCCAUGAUGCAAUAAGCAAAAAACGAGAUGAUAUCCUGGCUGUGUUGUUAGAGGCUGGAGCAGAUGUUACCAUUACCAAUAACAAUGGAUUUAAUGCCCUUCAUCAUGCUGCUCUAAGAGGAAAUCCCAGCGCUAUGCGUGUCCUACUUUCUAAAUUGCCUCGUCCAUGGAUCGUUGAUGAGAAGAAGGAUGAUGGAUACACUGCAUUGCACCUGGCAGCACUCAAUAAUCAUGUUGAAGUUGCUGAAUUGCUCGUUCAUCAGGGCAGUGCAAACUUGGACAUUCAAAAUGUAAAUCAACAGACCGCUCUUCAUUUAGCUGUUGAACGUCAACAUACACAAAUCGUCAGGUUGUUGGUGCGUGCUGAAGCAAAACUGGAUAUCCAAGAUAAGGAUGGUGAUACACCACUGCAUGAAGCCCUUCGACACCAUACAUUGUCUCAACUGCGACAGCUUCAAGACAUGCAGGAUGUUGGCAAAGUUGACACCACUACAUGGGAGCCCUCAAAGAACACUCUUAUUAUGGGCCUUGGAACUCAAGGGGCUGAGAAGAAAAGUGCUGCCUCUAUUGCUUGCUUUCUGGCAGCAAAUGGAGCAGAUCUUGCCAUACGUAACAAAAAAGGGCAGUCUCCGCUUGACCUCUGUCCAGACCCCAGCCUGUGCAAAGCCCUGGCUAAGUGCCACAAGGAAAAAUCUAGUGGUCAAGUUGGAUCUCACAGCCCAUCUAUGAUUAACAAUGAUUCUGAAACUCUAGAGGAGUGCAUGGUGUGUUCCGACAUGAAGAGAGAUACACUUUUUGGACCUUGUGGGCAUAUUGCAACCUGCUCUUUAUGCUCCCCACGGGUAAAAAAAUGUCUCGUAUGCAAAGAGCAAGUACAGUCUAGAACAAAGAUUGAAGAAUGUGUUGUGUGUUCAGACAAGAAAGCAGCCGUGCUCUUCCAGCCAUGUGGACACAUGUGUGCCUGUGAAAAUUGUGCAAGUCUUAUGAAAAAGUGUGUUCAGUGUCGUGCUUUAGUUGAGCGGAGAGUGCCUUUUGUCAUGUGCUGUAGUGGAAAAGCAGGAGAAGAUGUCACAGAUGACACAGCAGGGGGAAACAUUCCAGUUUUACAGAAGGACAAGGACAACACCAAUGUCAAUGCAGAUGUGCAGAAGCUACAGCAGCAAUUGCAAGAUAUUAAAGAACAGACCAUGUGUCCUGUGUGUCUCGAUCGGCUUAAGAAUAUGAUCUUCAUGUGUGGACAUGGAACAUGUCAGCUCUGUGGAGAUCGGAUGAGUGAAUGUCCCAUUUGUCGGAAGGCGAUAGAACGAAGAAUCUUAUUAUACAGUAUGUCAGAGGUUGAGCUCCCAAAGGCAGAAAAAAGAAGCUAACUAACUUUUAGAACACUAUGAAUGUAAAUCUAUUCCAAGCCAUGUUUCUGAAAAAAAGUAAAACAAAUAGGCCAUUCCCAUUGCUAUGCGCACAGAUACAAACUACAAAAGAUAAAGACGUAGCACAAUAUAUCACAUAUUGCUGCCAGAAUGUAAGCUGGGCUUUGCUCCCCUCGUUUUUAAGAAUUACCGUUUUUCUUCUGUUCCUGUUAGCUAGAAGACAAAGGUUUUAAUGAAGCAUGUCUUUGGAUGGCCAUGGUAGACAGAUUUACAUCUACUGAACCCCUCAUAUAAUUCUCCUUUUGUUUCCUCACCGACCUUCAAGUUGAACAAAAGGAACUCAUGACAAUGAUUUUAUUUUAUUUUUUCUGUAUUUCGAACACUGCAGUGCCCAUCUUGAGCUGAAAAACAGUACAGUAGCUUUUUGUGGAUGUCAGUGGAGAAAUGUAUCUUCUCUGACGUGCGUGAGGACCUCCAAUUUGACCUUCUUGAUAACCUGACCUAUCUUUUAUCAUUUAUCGUGGAUUUCAAGCUUAUUUUUCAAUUUAAACAUGUCGUUUUACAUCAAGUUUAGCCAUUAUUUGUCUUUGCUAAAACGGCUACAUUGUCUGAAUCCUGUUGCCUGGUUAUUUACAAAGGCCUUACAAAUUUAGCAAUGCUUCACCUGGAUAAUGUCAAUACAUGCUACUAUUGCUACCCUUUUAACACUACUGUUUUAGUAGCUCCCCUUCACCUUCUGCAUUUUAGAUGUUACCUUGGUAAGGACUUGCAUGAAUUUAAAUGACAAACUAAAGACGCAGGAAAAGGGAGGACUUGUCUAAGGAAAGGAGAAGCCUUUGAAUCAAGUUGAAAAACUGGGCCAGUUUAUUUAAAAUUUUGUUAGUGUCUAAAACCUGUUUAUGCGAUGUCUGGGAAUGGAACUAAAGCACAAAUUGAACAAGAACUCAAGACAGAUGUUAAAGCUGAACUCCAGGAUAAGCAAAUAUUGUGUAAAUACAAGAGUCGUGUGUAUUCUGCCUUGAAUCUUGGUGUGCUUUGUAUAUUUCUUCCAGAUCUAUGUAGUAAUCCAGUGUGAGAAUUUGCCUUUGUGGAGGAGCUUCCUGUAAUAAAGCUGGUCAUUGCUUUUCUCUUGCCUUGUGCAGGGU